GGUAGGCUAAUUCCGUCCGUUUUCCGUUAUCGCGGAAAUCUUCUCCCCGCGUACCCCCUGAACCACUUCCCAGUUUGGGAAACGAUGUUCUAAUAGAUGUCACUUAAAAUAACACACUGUCCCUUUAAUUUUAUCACUUGUUUUUUCAUGCAGAGAAUACUUUUCAAAGUGAAAUUUAUAAUUAAUUUAAUUUAUUACAAAUUGAGGACAUUAAAAUUGUUCUUAUUUUAAAAAAAAACUUUGUCAAGAGUUUAACACAUUUAGUUUGUCUCAUUAUAAAUGGACACAUGUUCAUAACAUGUCAGAAAUAAAAAGCAUAAUUGUUCUUACGUUCAUGACGUUCAACUCUCCAACCCACAUUAAAUAUUCUUAAAAGCAAACUCUUCUAACAAAUACUUUAUGAUUUGUGGUAAGAGAAAGUUCUCCAAUUCAAUUAAAUUCAAUUCAAAUUAAGCAACAGAAAAAAAACGUAAAUCAUGCAUAGCAUUACUUCAGGUAGGCCAUAGUAGUCUGCUGAUUCACCAACACCAACCACAGUUGCCCUCUAAAAUAAGGAGGGUGAUUUGAAGAUAAGCCCCACUGCGAAUCCUAUCCACCCUCACCUCUUUUAAAGCAGCAAUAAGAAGUUUUGGUCUAAACAUUAGCGAGCCAACGACCUACAAGGCAUGCAAAAACUUUACAAACAACGCCAACAGCUCAGUUGCCACUGUGACUUCUAACAUGCUAACUUGUAUCUUUAGUUGAUAUACCGGUAGUUACCCUAGUUUCUACUGUAGAAACUUGUCUUUUCGCUGGGGUUUUCGGACAGGACACAGAACUAUAUACUAAAUAUCCUGAAUGGCUAGUUUAAUUGACUAGACACCAUGACAAAACAAGCUGCCUAUGAAAAAGUACCUCAAAUAUUGGCAAAUUGUUACAUAAUGCUGUAAGUGUUUCAGUUGUUGUGCAGUAUGUCUUUUUUCUGUAAUAUCAUGUUGACUAUUAUAGGUUGCGAUGGUUGUUAUUUAACACUUUCCUCCUAUUUCCAACCACAUAAUUUCCCAAGCUCUGUACAUGCACAGUGGAUGUGUUUCUGGGAGAUUUAUGUGGGCUAAUAGUGGACUUGUGUACCACUUUGCCAAGAAAUUAGUGAAUGUCGUGUCUAUAUAUAUCCAAAUCAAUUUAACAGCUUUUGUGAAUUUGGUUUCCUGUCCCCAUGCCAGAAAAUGAUUUCAAAAUUGAAAGUUUACAGCAAGAGGGAAUUUCCUCUCAGUUGCUGCAAUAAAAAAUGUAAUAGUAUCUAGCUGUUAUUAGCAACUACGUUUGUUCCCUGGCAAGAAUAUGGCACAUCACAUACAGGAAAUUUGUCAUAAAUGUUUAUAAAGUCUACAUUAUACUGUCUUAACCAAACAACAAUCAUUUGCACUGGAAUUACCAAACACUCAACACUUUUGGUCCUUUGUUUAAUUGAAACUUUGCGAUGUUAGUUUUAUACAGGUUUAUAAUAGAACAAUACCUUGACCAUAAUGUAAUAUUGGUUGUACUCUGGGCAAGAAGCAGUAAACAACAUAUUGUGGUUGUAUUUGGUCAUGGCAGUAUAUAAGGCUUCAAAAAGUGUGUAAUAUCAAACAACGUCUACACAGAAGUGAGGUUUAUUAAAUGGCACUUUUAUGAGAAUGUGUCUAAAAUAAGCAGGCCCUACUGAUUAAGUAGCGCAGAUGAUCACAUGUGGCAGGUAUAUGUUUUAUUUUCUUCCUGUAGCGCGUGUCGACGGCAGUGUGGCCAGAGGCAACCAAGUUACUUAAGGGGAUUUCCAUCUAUUAGAGGCCACAGGGCGUGACUGUGCCAGGUGGAGUUUCCACCAAGUCAAGCAUUUGGCUUCAGCAAGUUGAGGUUAGGCAGCCCUGGAGUCACAGCUCCCUCGACGAAGAAUUAGGUCUCCUGGCCGAGUCCCUUCUGAAUAAAGAAUCAUCCUUUUAAAAUGGAGAAUCAUUUAUUGACGUGUACAGAGAAGACACAUGACCCAGGUGCAUUCUUGGAUAUUCUGGAGGAGAGGAGAAGGACCAGUGAUCUGAGCCAUGCCCUAAGGACUUUUUCUCCCCAGCCAUACAAAGGACAUCCUCAGAGCUCAGCUAGAGCUCUCACCCAAGCAGUGCUGGAUUCACAGUACUUGCGCGAUAUCACACAGGAGAUUGCGACAGAGAGCGGAAAUCCCGUGGAGGUCAUCAGAGAGGAGGCUUCUGGGAUACUGAAGGAGAUGUCACACAACCAGCAGCUCAGCUCCAUUCGACUACUGGGGUACACACUCAGCAAGGUGUUCAAGAAAAUCUUCCGCACGAUCCUGGUGAAUGAAGACGGCCUGAACCGGCUUCGGGAGGCCAUUCAGGAGCACCCAGUCAUCCUGUUGCCCAAUCACAGGAGCUAUGUGGACUUCCUGGUUCUCUCCUACAUCCUGUUCACCUACGACCUAUCAAUCCCCGUCAUCGCUGCAGGAGUUCCUCUCAUGGGGGUGAGGCUGAUUGGAGAGCUACUGCGGCGUUCCGGAGCAUUUUUUAUCCGCCGGGCAAUCAGGGCAGAUAAGCUCUACUGGGCAGUGCUGUCGGAGUACGUCAGAACCAUUGUGAGGGUACGUGCAUUUGGUCGUCUAUCUCACCACUCGUUUAAGAUUGACCGUAAAUCAUUCUCAGAUUGCAUGAUGGACAUGGUUCUGGAGCCUUUUUUUAAAGGCGAGGUGUAUGAUAUCAACUUGGUGCCCAUCAGCAUCAGCUAUGAUUGGGUGCUUGACGAGUCUCUGCUGGCCCACGAGCUGCCGGGAUUUCCCAAACCAAAAGAAUCCAUUAUAGGUCUCCUAAAAGCUCGGAAAGUUCUGGAGGAUGAUUACGGCUCCAUGCAUGUUUGUUUUGGCCAGCCCAUCUCUGUGAGAGAGCUUGCCAAUGGGAGGAUCAACCACUCACAGUAUAACCUAGUACCAAGAGACAUGCCCCAGAAUCCCAGUGAGGAGACCCGGGCGUUCGUGAGUGUGGUGGCCCACGGAGUGGUCCGUCUGCAGGAGAGAGCCCCGAGGGCCUGGGCUUGGACACCCUCACCCAGCGCGCCACCUGGCUACGGGGGCUGGGUCCUGAAGUUUGGGGCCAAGCUGGACUGGCCUGCUGAGGUUUCUAAUGAGGAAGUGAUGUCAUCCAGCCUGUCCCUUCACCAGUCAAUGGUUUGUUGUGAGGGCAGCAGAGUGCUGCUUCUGGAGGAGCAGGGUCCUGGCGGGGAGGCAUCCGUCACUCCGGAGGCGGGCGUGUUGAAGCGUGCGGUUGUCAUGCUCAUGUGCGCCUCCUACAGGAACCUGGCGCUGCACGUGUUUGUGCGGCCUACCCUGGUCGCUGUCGCUAUGGCAACCACUCCCAGCACCAGAAAGGAGGAUGUCUUCACACACUUCAAAUUCCUGCAGGAGCUUUUCUCCAAUGAGUUUGUCUUUGUGCCCGGAAUGGCUGCCCAGGACUUUGAGGAGGGCUGUUCACUGCUGGUGAGGUGUGGGGCAGUGCAGACUUCUGAUCAAGAGCUGGUUGUGACAGAACAUGGUACAGACACAGCUUCCUUUCUCCGAGCUAUCCUCCAGCCCUUCUUACAAACAUAUCAGGUGAUUUUCCGUCAUUUGACUGAGGACAGUGCCCUGGUGUUUACCGAGAGACAGUACAUACCUGCGGUCCAAUCUUACUGUCUGAAACUCAUCCUUGCAGGUGAACUCCAGACCCAUGAGGCUCUGUCCUCGGACAUUCAAAAGAAUGUCCUCUAUGCACUGGUGAGGUUGAAUGCUGUAACAAAAACAAAAGUAGGUGACCAGAGUGAGUUUACAGUCAACAAAGCUGCCAUCCAGAGAAUUGGAGAUAUUUUGGGUACAAGAUCCUCCGUCUUUCCUGCUGUCCUUUAGUGUAAUAACAUAGUGCAUCCAGAUAUGAAAAAUAGAACAAUUAAGAGAAAAGCGCUAUAUGUGGAUGUGCUGUACGAACCUGGGCAAACUAGCUAACAUUAUAGCAUUAGCAAUACAGCUAUAGCAAUAUAGUUAGUUACAAGUCUGCAAUGUGUGUGGAAGAUGGAGCUAUCUAUAAUAAUACCUGAUAAUAGAGAUGUAAAGAAAAUUAUACAAAUCAACUUUUUUGUUCUCUAGCUGCACGACUUAUCAGCCAUUGAAUGAGCUGAAUGGAAGGCCGAUACCCCUGUAGUGCCACCUGCUGUUUUGGUGCCUUUACAUUUGCAAACUCUGAGCCUAACCCUGAACUCUUAAAUGAUCAAUCCUGAGAUGGGAAACUCUGAGUGUUCGGUCCUUGUGCAGUUGAUCUUGGUUAGUUCAAACAACUCUGAGUAUGUUCACUCUGAGUUAAGCGCGUGCCCAAAGACUAUACAAAGCCAUCAUCAAUGGAGCUCCAAUACUAAGAGUCACCAUGGUAACCGGUGAGAUAAGUCUACCUUCUUCACCCAACUUGAGUUAGAAAUUCUGAUAUGCACUUAUGACAAGGAUGAAAAUGUUCUGAAACUUGGAAACUUGGAGUUUACAUACCCC